GAGCGAUCAGCUUAUGAUUGACGGAGUGUGCAGGGUUCAUGCUCAAAACCACUAGUCGCGCAUUCGUAAAACAGCUUGAAAACGUUUAGAUGCCAAAUUGUAAUGUAGAGAACUAAUGCGUGUGAAGUAUGCUGUUGCAAGGUCUGAAGACUUCGUGUGCUUCCUCUUCAAUAAUUACGUGUCUGUGAGUUGUGAGUAUGUGAGAGGAAUUGUUGCUAACAUUUCGAUAGCACAGAACGCGUUGGAAUACGCAUGUGGUCGAUGAGACUUGGACGUGUGAUGUAAUGCAUAGACGGCACGGAUAACCCGCACAGUGGCUGUGAAAACCUACCGAGGGAUGUAGAACUUGUUGAAGGUUUUCCAGUGGGAGCUCUUAACAAUUGACGAUGAAGUUCUUGAGCACUCGCACUAUUAUUUUGAGUGUUGGAAUCGGGGUUAUUGUUGGAAUAUUUGGUCUACUGGUGACGGAGAAAAAGCUGCUUAAUCCCUUGCAGUUUGGUAAGCAGAAACUCCAGUCUGGUGAUAUAACCACAUUUUCAACACGAUUAGUGUUUGGCGCGAAUUCCACAUCGUUCUCUGCCAGAAUAUACUCCUACGACAUUGUGAAGCUUAAGAGGAAAUUAGAGAGCAAGCAGAACAUGUUUGUGGAUAUUUCUGGAUCGGGGGACACCAGGACCGUCCAGGAAGCCGUGAAUGCUGUCAGGCGCUACAAUAAAAAACGUGUGACAAUUUACAUUAACGCGGGAACGUACAUUGAGAAAGUACAUGUGCCGCACAACAAACCAUAUAUUACAUUCGAAGGAGCUGGUCUGCAUCAUACUAUCAUCAGCUGGAACGAUAAUCAGACCUUAACUAAUGGAUCGACCAUUCAUACGGCGUCAGUGACUGUGGAUGGAAAUUACUUCAUUGGGCGCAACCUCAGCUUCCGGAACACUGCUCCAAUACCGUUACCUGGGGUAAAAGACGGCGGGCAGGCAGUUGCACUUCUGGUUAAGGGAGACAAAUGUGCCUUUUACGGAUGUGGAAUUUAUGGAUAUCAAGAUACAUUGUACGAUUACAGUGGUCGUCACCUGUUCAGAGAAUGUCAUAUCGAGGGUGCAGUCGAUUUUAUUUUCGGCAAUGCUAGAUCCCUCUACGAGCGAUGUACCAUUCACUCAAUUGCGAGCAAAGCAGGAUCCAUCACAGCUCAAUCCCGGGCAAGCAAAUUUAAUGUUACAGGAUUCGGAUUCGUGAAUUGUUCCAUCGUUGGAACUGGGCAGAUAUUGCUGGGGCGAGCAUGGCGCCCUUACGCUCGUGUUGUGUUUGCUUCAUCGUUCAUGGAUAACAUCAUUGAUAGCGCCGGAUGGAACGAUUGGGGAAACAGCAGUGCAGACUCGUCUGUCUACUUUGGAGAAUUUAACAACAGCGGGCCAGGAGCAAAUAUGUCUGGGCGUGUACCCUAUGCGCGGUCCCUCUCAUUCGAAGAGGCUCUGGGGUGCACUCAGAUCGAUUGGAUCGAUGGUUCUGAGUGGGUCGACGACCGAUAAACGUGGCCAACUCUGUACUCUUCAAUACACAAAUGCACAAAAUGUCACAAUUUAUUGACUUAGGUUGCGAGAUUUCCAAUGAGGACUGUAGAUUCUUUUGGUGAAAAUAUUUUGGAGUUUGAAUGAUUAGUUUUAAAAUUGUAACAAUUGGCAGAUUUACUAUGUCCCACGUACAUACCAUUGUACGCUACUACAAAACACACCUUGCCCUCCUUCCGAGUGACUAGUGUGGUAAAUGUGGAGGCUACUAAUUAGUCUUGUUGAACGAAACAGGAUCCAACUACGCUGAUCGAUUGUUCCGGAUAGAGGCAUUACGUUGAAACUCUGUUCUAACAGGUGAAGGGGCACGACUGUGACAACUGGUUCUGAUACAUCCUGGUGGUAAUGUGGGACUAUUUGUGUUAUCCGCUAUGUUUGGAGAGACCUAGACUCUAAAGACAAGGAUUUCAACAUCUUCAAAGAUGGUUAGAUUGUCAAAAUAACUUGUUUAGGGUCUUAGGGUAUUGAACACAAUAACGAAGUGAUCUGUACGUUCACCAAUGAUCUCUGUGCAUCCAGACAUUAGACUUAGUAUAUGUAGACCCUCUGCAUCGUGAAAUAGAUCUCUUCUUGAUUCAUUUUCAUUGA